AUGGAGCAGCAAGACGAGGAGAAGAGAGAAGUCUUCACAAGAACAGCAACUCAAUCAUUACCUCUCGAGCUAGCCUCAAUCAUACUCUCAAAGCUGCCUACAAAAUCUGUUGCAAGGUUUCGUUGUGUUUCUAAGCUUUGGUCAUCAAUCACUAGCGACCCAUCAUAUUUCAAUACACGCCCGAGGCUUUUGGUCACCUUCGGAGAAGUUGACAAGUUCUACUUUUACUCGCUCCCUCAACACAAUCAGAAUCCAAACACUAAUGUGGCUUAUUCUUCUCAGCCUAUUGAUCAUUACCCUAUAAGGACAUACCCAAAACAUUCUCCCUUCAUCAUUAAAACAGAGUUGGUGCACGGCUUGAUCAUCUUGAUGAUCUCCUACCUAGAUUCACCAGACCUCAUAGCCUGGAACCCUACCAUGAGAAGGUUCAUAAACAUACCGAAUCCUAGAUGGGGGUGGAAGAAUGUAACCUUCCUUUUAGGUUACGAUCCAGUUGAGUGUAAACACAAACUAGUCUGCAUGCCUCGUGAUACAACAGCUGAUGAGUGUCAAGUUUUAACAUUAGGAUCAUAUCCAGAACUAUGGAGAAGGUUCGACACUAACCAUAAGCAUUGUCUUUUAACCGGAAAUAACACUUUAGAGGGAAAAAUAACUGGUCUUUGUGGACGAUGCAUCAAUGGUGUUCUAUAUUAUCAUGCCAAACUUUGCUCCGAUAAGGUUGUAAUAAUGAGAUUCGAUAUACGAUCUGAAAAGUUUGAUGUGAUAAAGUUACCAUGGGGUAAAUCUUGGCGUAUGUUGAUGACAUGUUAUGAAGGAAAGUUAGCUUGUGUUGGUUAUAGUAGAAGCGGGAAGAGUAUUUCAUUGUGGGUUUUGGAGGACGGAACGAACCACCAAUGGUCGAAUCAUCUAUAUCAACCUCUUUCUCACUAUGGUCAGGAUUUGCAAGACAAGUUUAAACUAGUUGGUAUCACUGAUGAUGGUGAGUUUGUUUAUGCACCAAAAACGUUGCUCAAAGCAUUGGAUGUUAUAUAUUUAAAUCCAAAGAGAAAAACGCUCAGAAGAGUUGAAUAUAUACCAACUGUGGAUGAUGGUUUUAGAAGACGCCAUGGACUUGGAGAUGGACCUUUACCUGGUCUCCAUUUUUUCCCCAAUCACAUUGAAACUAUCAUGUCUUAG